CUUCUGCUUCCCCCCAUGGUCAUUUCCAAUCAGGACGCUGGUGUGUCCUGCUCCAUCUCCCGGUCCGUGCAACGAGACGUUCAAGAUGCAGACCGUGUGGGCAAUGCUGAUCUGCGUGGCUGGAGGGCAGCUUGCAAGUGCCACGCUUUGCAGGACCUAUGGCACCAUCCCAGGCAUCCCAGGGUCACCAGGACAGCCUGGCAGCAAUGGCAGAGACGGGGAGAAUGGCCCAAAGGGUGAACAAGGUCCCCCUGGCCAGGUGGAGCACAAAGGAGACAUGGGGGAGAAGGGAGAGCCAGGAAUGCCGGGGCACCCCGGGAAGAUCGGCCCCAGGGGUCCCCCAGGCUCAAAGGGAUUACCAGGUCCCAUGGGACCCCCUGGUCCUCAGGGGGACUCCGGUGACUACAAGGCCACCCUCAAGUCCGCCUUCUCUGCCGCCAGGACCGUCAGCUCCUACCCACGCCGGGACCUGCCCAUCCGCUUCGACCGCAUCAUCACCAAUGAGAAGGGCCACUACGAGAACCGGUAUGGCCGCUUCACCUGCCAGGUCCCGGGCAUCUACUACUUCACCUACCACGUCACAUCCAGGGGCAACCUCUGCCUCAGUGUGAAAAAAGGCCGAGGUGGCAGCAGGGGCGAGAAGGUGGUGACCUUCUGUGACUAUGUGCACGGCAGCUACCAGGUCACCACGGGUGGUGUGGUCCUCAAGAUGGCAGUGAAUGAGUCUGUCUGGCUGGAGCCAACGGAGAAGAACUCCCUGGUGGGGAUUGAAGGGUCUGACAGCAUCUUCUCUGGUUUCCUCAUCUUCCCUGAGGCUUAGCCCACUGAAGGUGUCUCUCUGCAGCCCUUCUGCUGCUGGCUGCCCCUGCAGGGCUGAGGACUCCCCUGGAAAUGACUUUUUGCUACAGAUUUGGUGCCCUAAGCAUGUUGCUGCCAGUCUUGUGCAUUAAAUGACAGCUCCUUGUGCUGCUGGUUCCUUCC